CGGGGAUCCGGGGACAGGCGGGGAUUCGGGAACAGCCCGGGGAUCCCGGGACAGCCCCGCGCUCCUCGGUCAGCCCAGGGAUCCAGGGACAGCCCAGGGAUCCAGGGACAGCCUAGGGAUCCCGGCAAAGCCCAGGGAUUCCGGGACAGCCCCGCGCUCCUCGGUCAGCCCGGGAUCCUGGCACAGGCGGGGAUCCAGGGACAGCCCGGAGAUCCCGGGACAGCCCGGGGAUCCCGGGACAGCCCGGGUACCCCGGAGGGCGCAGCUGCCCGGACAGCCCGGCGCUCUGCGGGCGGCCGGUGACCCGGGGCGGGCGGGGGUCAGCCCGGCCUCCCGGGCAUCUGCCGGGGCGGGGGCGACGCGGGCCGGCCGCAGGAGCCGCUGUCCCUGCUGUCCCCGCCGUCCCCGCGGCGGAGCAGCUGCCGCCGCCUCUCAGCGCGAUGCCGCUGCAGCAGGGCUCGGCCCGCAUGCGGCAGCGCACGGUGCUCCUGGUGGGCAUCGCCGUCCUGCUGGCCGCCCUCGUCCUCGCCGUCGUGCUGGCCUCUCUCCUGACCCACGGAAGGCACGAGGUCACUCCCAAAAUGCUUAAGUGGCAGGACAGGGGGACCACGAAGAACUUGCAAGAAGUUAUUCUGGGAAGAUGCUACAACUUCAUCACGGCGCAGCACCCAGAGCUGGGAGAUAAGGAUUGUCUAAAAAUAUGGGAAUCAUUAAAAGAUGCCUUCAUUUACAAGAACCCCUGUAACAUCACACCAGAAGAUUAUCAGCCUUUAAUGGAGCUAGCGAGCCAUCCUAUACCCUGCAACAAGUCACUGUUUUGGAGCAAGACAGGUGACCUCGUUCAUCGUUACACAAAAUCCAAUCAAAAUUUCCUUACCUUGGAGGACACCUUGCUGGGUUAUAUGGCUGAUAGAGUUUCGUGGUGUGGAGACCCCUCUGCCCCAGGAAUCAACUAUGAAUCUUGUCCAAAACGAAAUGAAUGUGAGAGCAACCCCGGCUCUGUGUUCUGGAAAAUGGCAUCCAAGAUGUUUGCAGAAGCAGCAUGUGGUGUGGUGCAAGUGAUGCUCAAUGGAUCAGUAGAAGCUGGAGCUUUCAGAAGCAGCAGCAUUUUUGGAAGUAUUGAGAUCUUUAACCUGGAUCCAGAUAAAGUCACUGAAGUGCACAUUUGGCUUAUGCAGAACAUUGGUGGACCUCAAAGUGAAUCCUGCUCAGGUCGGUCCAUUCAGAGGUUAAUCAGCAUUUUGGAAGAACGAAACUUUAAGAUCAUCUGUGAAGACAAUUACAGGCCUGUUCAGCUGCUUCAGUGUGUGCAUAACCCAGACCACGCAGACUGCAGGCUUUGCACCAACAGCUCAGCAAUUCCAUGAAACAGAGUUCUCUGUGCUGCUGGAGAAUUUCCUUACUUGUGUGCAAAGCUGGAGAAGAUGUGGCUACAUAGCUAAGAGUGAUAACAGUAGCGUGGUGUGUGCUGAGUCCAUAACCAGAAAUCCUUGCUGUGAUACUAACAGCCAAAUAGCAGGAGAUGAUACCUGAGGUGUGAUGCUGUACACACACACACUCACACACACACAAACACUGUUUCACGUGGGCGGGGGCUGUGGUCAGGCAUUGAAGGCAGAUGCUUUGCCCUGCUUUGCUCCCUCCCAUCCAGCUUGCCACUGGCACAGAGCAGGGAUUCCCUGGGGCAUGCACAGAAGAGAAGGAGACUUUCCAGGAUGGGCAGAACUUGCCUAGAUCAGUGCUCAUCCUCCUUCCUGCUGAAAGGUUAAACAGGAAAUGACCAGGGCGUGCUACAUUUUCCCUGCACCCCAGUGCAAACUUCCCCAGAGGGGAAUGUUGCCCAGUAACACAUAGUAUGAAUCAUGGCUUUCCCAGGUACUGUGACACUUCUGACCAGGUAAAGCAAGCAAUGGAAUAGGCAGAGCAGUUCUUGCCUUUUAGUGGGUAUCACAGUAAGCAGCUGGUGGGAAGACAGCUGAGCUGAGCUAAGAAAAAAACAGAAACUGCUCAGAGGGUUGCCUGCACCUGUAAAAACUGCUUAGUAUGCAGCUGGGAGAGAAAAUAGUGAGACUGACUCAGAUAGCUCCAUUAAAAUCCUACUGGAUACACCAUUGCUGGUCAGAUUACAUUUUGUUCUUAAUAUAGCAGUAAACAGUAGCCUUCCAACUUUCAUAAAAGGUCCCUCAGGCCCCAGCUUGGCCAUCCACUGGAAUAGAAACAAACAUCAAAUGGUUGCCACAAUAAGGAGUCUCUCUUGACCUCAGUUUCUGCAGUGAAAGGUGAUGCCUUGAGGUGUAUAAUUCACAAGCACUGACGUGCUGUGGUGCACUGGAACAGCAGGUUUCACUGAUUUCCUUUGAUUUCCAUUUUACCAGUCUCAAGUGCAGCAUUUAUAGCAAAACAAGUAUCUGAGGCCAGCUUGUGGCCACGGAUGUAGUGCCUCUGUCAGUGCCAUUGACACCAAGAGAGCAGAGCAGGCUUUGCUAUAGAUACACUCCAAGGUGGUGAGGUGACAGGGUGACCAGCAGUGGCCAAACCUUUAGGCACACUGGGGUUUCCAUGGUCCCACAGGGAGAAGGUUGUACUGCCACAUGUUUGGUGACUGCCCAGAGUGCAAAGCAUCGUUAUGGAGCUGCACAAGCCGGUGUCAUUUUGAGCAGCUCUAGAUAAACCUCAUCUCUUCAAUAGCAGUAGAGGGCCUGCACUGAGCCUGGCUGGACCAACCCAAGACCUCACCCGUAAUGUUUACAUUAAGUGAAAUGUAUAAAAAUACAAGCAAGCUGUUAUGUAACUACUUAAUGAAUCAACAUAGACACAUACCAAUACUUUCAAAUAGGUUAUUUCUGACUAUCAGUUACAAGUUUGUCUUCAUGCUCACUUUUGUACCUCUUCUGUUGCAAUACAAAAUAUUAUCUGUAAAAUCAAGAUCUAUAAUAAAAUUGCUGAUGAGAAAUGUUCUUAAUUCAGUUUCACAUUGUACAGAACCUCAGAAAGUUAAGAAAGAAAGAUUCUCAGAAGACCAAAAUAGGCCACUCCCUAAAAACAACUCAGAAACCUGCUCAGUGUAUGAAACACUAUAUGCAACCACCCAGGAGAGCAGAGAAAGAGAGCACAUCCUCCCCAUCUGAUACAGAGAAGUCAUUGUCUUUGUAAGCAGCUGGAAGUGAAGCAUCCUGAGUCUCUAUCUUGAGCACAGAUUGUUCUUGGCCAGAAUAGUUAAGAAAGAUGAUUGUUCUUGUCAGUGGUAAUGUGGUAAGAUGCUAAGAAGCCAACUGUGCUUUUGGAAGCUGAGGUGCACAAUUAAUAUGAGCAACUGUGCUGGAGUAAGUGAUGGCUUUGUAAUGCAGGUGGCUGGCAAGUCUGGGCUGCCUGGAUCACAUACAUGGCAGAACACGAGCAAGCUCAUUUCCAACAAACAUUUUUAUUAUGCAUGAUCACACAUGAAAUGCCGUGCAGACAUGCCCUACCAGAAAAGUAUACUUGCAAAUCCUACUGCUUUGCUGAAGACUUAUCAAGCAAAAAAAUCCUUCCAAACCAAUACAAAGUGUUCCGAAUCCACAGAAAAUAAAUAAAAGGAAAAAUAACCAUGCAUUUUCCCCACUCUUUGGAAUAAAUGUUUCUUAAUAUAGUUUGGAAAA